GAUUUGGACGCUGUAUCUUUCUGGGGCGGCUUUUGCAGACGGAAAUUUUCGUGAACUGAAGUGGUGGAUGAGAGGUAGAACUGUUGGGGAUUGUUUGGUGGAGUUCAGCUCUUGAGAGAAUCGAGAUUUUGUUGUUCAGGGUUUUGUGGAAUUUGGAGCUUGAGAAGGGAAUCGAUUGUGUAGAGGGGUUUCAUGGCGGAAGAGACUAUGGAGAAGACGAAAAAAGUUGAUGGCAACCUUCUUGCUGCCCGGGCGUUUGCAAAGAUGGGCGUGGAGACUAUGUAUGGUGUGGUUGGCAUCCCUGUGACCUCGUUCGCGUCCUCUUGUGUGAAAGUAGGAGUGCGUUUCAUUGCCUUCCACAAUGAGCAAUCUGCCGGUUAUGCCGCGAGUGCUUCUGGCUACUUGACGGGAAAGCCUGGCGUGUUGUUGACAGUCUCUGGGCCAGGAUGCGUGCACGGAUUAGCCGGAUUAAGUAAUGCGCAGAUCAACACGUGGCCAAUGAUUUUAGUGUCAGGUUCUAGCGUGCAGGCAGACAUUGGCAAGGGGGAUUUCCAAGAGCUCGAUCAGCUUGAGAUUGUGAAACCUUUUGCAAAGUAUGCCGGAAAAGCUCACAAUAUUAAGGAAAUCCCUAAAGUGGUUGCCCAGGCUGUGACUGUGUCCGUCAGUGGUCGGCCUGGUGGUACGUAUGUUGAUCUUCCCGCAGAUGUUCUUCACGAAGAGGUCACCGAGGAUGAAGCUGUUGAGUUGCUUGCUGAUUUGAAACCAUAUGUGCCCGCAUGGGCACAAGAGGGCCCACGGAAGGAAUUCGCUGCAGGUGAUUCAGAGAUUAGCGAGGCCGCUUCAUUACUGCGUAAUGCAAAGCGCCCAUUGAUUGUGUUUGGUAAAGGCGCGGCUUUUUCCCGUGCUGAAGGAGCAUUGAAGAAUCUAGUGGAGUCGACAGGCAUUCCUUUUUUGGCUACUCCUAUGGCUAAGGGCAUAUUACCCGAUGCCCAUCCUUUAUCUGCUUCAGCUGCCCGGUCUCUUGCCAUAGGCGAAGCAGAUGUUGCUCUGGUUGUUGGAGCUAGGUUGAACUGGUUGCUUCACUUCGGUGAGGCUCCACGAUGGUCCAAGGAUGUCAAAUUCAUUUUGGUGGAUGUUUCUAAAGAGGAAAUAGAAUUCAGAAAACCUACACUUGGACUGGUUGGGGAUGCGGAUGUUGUUAUUAAGCAGCUUAAUAAGGAAAUCAAGGACCAACCAUUUGCUUUGGGUGAGAAACACGAAUGGGUUCAGAAAAUCAAGUCGAAGGCGCAAUCGAAUGUGCAAAGGAUGGCUGGAAGUCUCAACAAGGUCGUCGUGCCUUUCAAUUUCUUGACGCCUAUGAAAAUUAUCCGCGAUGCGAUUCUAUCUGUUGGAUCUCCGGCUCCAAUUCUUGUAUCUGAAGGAGCUAAUACUAUGGACGUAGGUAGGUCUGUGUUGGAACAGACGGAACCACGAACAAGACUAGAUGCUGGAACUUGGGGCACUAUGGGAGUUGGGCUAGGGUAUUGCAUUGCAGCUGCUGUGACGAACCCUGAGAAGCUCGUGGUAGCUGUGGAGGGCGACUCUGGGUUUGGUUUUAGUGGACUUGAAGUUGAGACAUUAGUCCGGUACAAGUUACCUGUGGUUGUGAUUAUCUUCAACAACGGUGGAGUCUAUGGUGGAGAUCGGCGUCCUGCAGAAGAUAUCGUAGGUCCUCACAAAGAUGACCCCGCUCCGACGUCCUUUGUGCCAGGUGCUCGUUACGACUUGGUUAUGGAAGCUUUUGGUGGAAAAGGUUAUCUGGUGGAAAAUCCCGAAGAGCUUCAGUCGGCGUUGAAGGAAUCAUUCGCUGCAAGGAAACCUGCAGUGAUCAAUGUGACAAUUGACCCGUAUGCUGGUUCCGAAAGUGGCCGCAUGGGUCACCGAAACUAGGUUUGUUCUCUGUUCUAGUGAAGACAUUUCAAUUCUGCCAGAAACAUCUCAACUUUUGUGACGGUUGGUGAGGUUCCUGCAUCAGGCACGCGUAUCAUCUUUCGCCGCCAUUCCAGGUGGCGCUCGAAUGUCAUUUCAUUUGCAGUUCUGUAAAGAGUAUUGGCUAAUCGAAACUUCACCAUAAUCGGUAUCGUUCUUAUUUUUCCUGCAAUUUGCUAAAUUCAAAGAAGAGGUAUUAGGCCUCAAUGUUCACCGUCGAAGUGAAGCAUAUCCUGACUUAAAAAAAUUCUUUUGGCAUUUUCUUUUUGCCUCUGUACUACACAUAUUUGUGAACGAGAGGAGUUGUUGCUCA